AUGACAUCAACAAUGCCAAGAGGAACAAUAGAUCGUGAACAUCAACUGCAGCAGCAGCAGCAGCAGCAACAACAACAACAGGAUAAGAAUAAGAAUGUAUUAAGUCGUACAGAAGCAGCACGUGAGCAUGUAUUAGCAGCAACACGUGAUUAUCGUGUAUGCCCACGCCUUGAUUAUCGUACCGUAGCAGGUGCAGAAGGUCCACUCGUAUUAUUUGAUGACGUUAAAUUCCCUAAAUAUCAUGAAAUUGUUACUCUUCAUCUUGGUGAUGGAACUAUUCGAGAAGGACAAGUAUUAGAGGUAAAAGGUCGUCGUGCAGUAGUACAAGUAUUUGAAGGAACUUCUGGUAUAGAUAAUCGUCAUUGUCAUGCAGAAUUUCGUGGUGAUGUAUUAAAAAUGGCAAUUUCUGAGGAUAUGUUAGGUAGGGCAUUUAAUGGUAGUGGUAAGCCAAUAGAUAGAGGACCUAAAGUAUUAGCAGAAGAUUUCCUAGAUAUUAAUGGUUAUCCUAUUAAUCCUCAAUGUAGAGUAUAUCCAAGAGAAAUGAUACAAACAGGUAUUAGUACUAUUGAUGUUAUGAAUUCUGUUGUUAGAGGACAAAAAAUACCUCUCUUCUCUGCUGCUGGUCUACCUCAUAACGAAAUUGGUGCACAAAUCUGUAGACAAGCUAGUCUUGUUGCUGGUAAAGAUGUAUUAGAUCAUUCUAAUGAAAAUUUUGCUGUUGUAUUUGGUGCUAUGGGUGUCAACAUGGAGACAGCAAGAUUCUUUCGUCAAGAUUUCGAGGAAAAUGGUAGUAUGGAGAGAGUUGCAUUAUUCCUUAAUCUUGCUAAUGAUCCUACUAUUGAACGUAUUAUUACUCCUCGUCUUGCAUUAACUACUGCAGAGUAUUUAGCAUUCGAGAGGGAAAUGCAUGUAUUUGUUAUUCUUACCGAUAUGUCUGCUUAUGCUGAUGCAUUAAGAGAAGUCUCUGCUGCUAGAGAAGAAGUACCAGGAAGAAGAGGAUAUCCUGGUUAUAUGUAUACCGAUCUGUCUACUAUCUAUGAGAGAGCAGGAAGAGUUGAAGGACGUAAUGGAUCUAUUACGCAAUUCCCUAUUCUUACUAUGCCUAAUGAUGAUAUUACGCAUCCUAUUCCUGAUCUUACUGGAUAUAUUACUGAGGGACAAAUCUUUGUUGAUAGAGCUCUGCAUAAUAGACAGAUUUAUCCUCCUAUUAAUGUACUUCCUUCUCUUAGUAGACUCAUGAAAAGUGGUAUCGGUAAAGGAAUGACCAGAGAAGAUCAUCCUGCUGUUUCCGAUCAGUUAUACGCGAACUACGCUAUAGGUCAAGAUACACGUGCUAUGAAGGCAGUGGUAGGAGAAGAGGCAUUAUCUGCUGAUGAUAUGUUAUAUAUGGAAUUUACGGAUAAAUUUGAGAGAAGAUUCUUACAACAAGGUCCUUAUGAAGGUCGUGAUAUAUUCCAAAGUCUGGAUAUUGCAUGGGAAUUAUUAAGAACUUUCCCUGAAGAUAUGCUGAAAAAAAUUAAAGAAGAUCUUCUUAGAAAAUAUUAUCCAAGAACUAAAUAUAUGGAGGCACAAGUUAGUGAUAAGAGAGCACCACCACCUAAGGAAGCAUAA